AGAAAUGUUAAAUUUGAUCUAAAAUAAAAUGGUCCUGGUAUAUAUAAAGUCAGAUUCUACCCAAAUAUAGACCUCCCACCUACGCUUGCUCUCUCACUCCUCUAUCUCCUACUUUUCUCCGCCGUGAAAUGGGGAACUGUCAGGCAGUGGAGACGGCAACGGCGGUGUUGGAACGACCGGACGGCAAGUCGGAGAGAUUUUACUGUACAGUGAGCGCGAGCGAGGUGAUCAAGUCUCAUCCCGGCCACCACGUCGCUCUCCUCAUCUCGUCCUCCGUACCUAACGGUGGCUCUCUCCGCGUCACCCGAAUCAAACUGCUCCGUCCUUCGGAUAAUCUCUUGCUCGGCCAUGUGUAUAGACUCAUCUCUUCCGAAGAGGUAAUGAAAGGAUUAAGAGCCAAGAAAUCUGAAAAGAUGAAGAAGAUCCAUGGAGAAUUUUCUGUUGCAGAAGAGGAGGAGAUUAACCCACUAACCCUAAGAUCUGAAUCUGCAUUUGACAAAGACUCUCAGAGAAGGAUGAAUGAAAAACAGAGAGUGAUAAAGACAGGAGCUACCAACAAAGUUAGAGCUUGGCAGCCUUCUCUUCAAAGCAUAUCAGAAUCUACAAGCUAAAACGUUAAUUCAUAUUUUACUCUUUUUUCAUUUGAGUUUUUGAUCAUUUGAUUUAUCUUUCUAUUGUUGUUUUUCCCAAUCAAAUUGUAAUUAAAGGAAGAAAAGAAAACCCUUUUGAUUGUGGCAGAUGAAGCUCUUGUGCAUUUCUUUUAAAUUACUAAUAAACUAGUAUAUAUUAAUCAAAGGAGAUCUAAUAUUU